CUCUAUUCGGCACUCUACAAAACAGCGAAACAUGUUCGACCUCGUCCGCGAAGCGCCUCUUGGCCAGGCGAUUAGGUUCCUCUCUGGAAACCGACUUCUUCAGUAUCCCGAAGAGAAACCUGGAUUUAAGCUUCCUGUCGAAUACAUCGAGAAACUAGAAGGAAAACUAAAUUUACCCAACUCAAACGACACUACAGACAGUGACUCUACUACUUCAGAGAAUCUACAACCCACCACCACAACCGGCCCUGGUGAUGUCGAAAAGGGCCUAGAACGAACUCCGUCAGUUCCAAUUGCACCACAAAAAACUGCUGAUGGAGUCAUCUUGGUCGAUUGGUACACGACUGAUGACCCAGCCAACCCACAGAACUGGUCUUCAUUCAAGAAGGGCUUUGUGAUCUUCGUUCUCUGCAUCUACACAUGGACAGUGUAUUGCGCUGGACCAAUCUACGCAACUGGUGAAGAGGGCAUCCAAGAAGAAUUCGGUAUAAGCGCUGUUUCUGCUACCAUCGGCCUUGCAAUCUACAUUCUUGCAUACGGUAUUGGCGACCUUUUGUUCUCACCACUCACGGAAAUUCCUGUUGUUGGACGAAACCCAGUCUAUUGGGGAACCUUUAUUGUCUUUUGGGCACUAUCCUUUCCCACUGCUACUGCAAAUUCGUUUGGUGGCCUACUCGCUCUCAGAUUCUGGACCGGCUUUUUCGGAAGUCCUGCACUUGCCAAUGGCGGUGCUACAGUUGGUGACAUGCUCAGCCUGAUGCAUAUUCCCCUUGGCCUGUCUUGGUGGGUAUUCUCUGCAUGGGCUGGCCCAGCAUUUGGUCCUCUUCUGGGAGGAUUUGCUGCACAAGCAAAAGGUUGGAGAUGGCCCUUGUGGGAGAUUGUUUGGAUGGCGUCGCCUGCUCUCCUGCUGUUACUCACUCUCAUGCCCGAAACUUCCUCUCCAAACAUCCUCCUUCGACGCGCUAAGCGCCUUAGAAAGCUAUCUGGUGAUGAGCGUUUGCAAUCUCAGAGUGAGAUAGAGCAGCGCAGCAUAAAGGCAUCCGACAUGGUUGUGGCGACCUUGGUUCGACCGAUGGAGAUUAUGCUGAAGGACCCGUCCAUCAUGUUUGUCAAUCUGUAUACGGGUUAUUUCUAUGCGGUCUUCUACACGUUCUUCGAAGUUUUCCCUCUUGUCUUCCCCGUCUAUUAUGACUUCAAUCUGGGCGAAACUGGUCUCGCUUUUCUCUCAUGCUUUGUCGGUGUGUGCGUUGCACUUGGUGGAUACUUCAUCUACUUAUUCGUGUACAUGAUCCCUGACAAUAAGAAGAAUGGCCUUCGCGAACAAGAACACCGGCUUGUACCUGCAAUUAUUGGCUCCGUUUUGCUACCAAUCGGGUUGUUCAUCUUUGCGUGGACUUCAAGAAGCGACAUUCACUGGAUUGUGCCUUUGAUUGGUGUCGGUAUUUUCGUCAUUGGCCACUUUUGGGUGAUGCAGAGCCUUUUCAUCUAUCUGCCUCUCUCAUACCCCAAGUAUGCCGCAAGUCUAUUUGCAGGAAACAGUAUCUGGCGCAGUGUCGCGGCCUUUGGAGCUGUUAUUGUGGCUAGACCACUGUUCAUCAACCUCGGUGUGGACAAAGGUGUGACACUGCUUGCUUGCCUCAGUGUUGUAGGUAUCUUAGGAACCACUGGCAUCUAUGUGUUUGGCAAGAAGUUGAGAGCAAAGAGCAAGUUCGCUCAAUCAUAA